ACUUCCUUCAUCUGCAUUCGCGGCUCUAGCUGUCUGUUUGCUACGCUAUUUGGCUGCAUGAAUUCCUAAAUAUGUCUGAUUUUAACACUUUUAAAAAUGAAUUCACACUCAUUGUGAACAACCUGGCCAAGGCGGUGAUCGCGGAGGCUGACAAAGUCUCGUUGAAUCCACAAAAUCCCGAAACAGAGGAAAACCUCAGGGUUUUGGUGGAGCAGUUGUGUGUCGAAGCUGUUGAUAAAAUCCUGAAGAUGGUUGAGCUGGCUGCUGGGAAGCUCAAAGAGACUCCAAGUGAUCGUAAGGAUCUACCGAGAGACCGGAAGGAUCCACCAGAGUCAGAUGAGAGCCGCGAAUGUUUAACGAAGACAACAGAAGGUGGAGGUGAGCGCCCCCCCACAGAGCAGACCUACAUCCUGGUUUGCAGGAGCGCUGCUGUCAACUCAAAGUGUCUGCUGCUGUCUCCGCAGAGCGAUGCUAACGGUGGAAAUAAAACCGUCUCCAUGGACGAAUCGGGGGACAGCGAGCGCUCCGCGGCCUCCUCGCCUCCCCCGCAGGCUGAUGUCCCGGACCACGAGUACGCUCGGCCGUCCUCUCGGCCGCCCGGCGCCGCGUCAUCGCUGAGGGGCGGGGCCUCCGCAGCACGCAGCAGGAAACGGCGGCGUAGGGACGAAGAGACGACAGACGGCUACCGGCAGUGUUCGCGGUGCGAGAAGCUGUUUCCAAACGCAGAGCGACUCUCUGACCACGAGAGGAAGUCUCACCCCGUGUGCUCGGUCUGCGGGGCGGCUUUCACGGGCCACCUGAGCCUGCGAGAACACGUGACGACAGAGCACGGCCUGCUGCCGUACGGCUGCAGCUUCUGCCCCAAGAGGUUCAACCACAACGCUCACCGCAACCUGCACGUGAAGACGCGGCACACCGGGGAGAAAAGCUGCCGCUGCGACCUCUGCGGGAAGGCGUACUCGUCCGUCAGCCUGAUGAAGACGCACAGGCUGACGCACGCCGAGAAGACGUUCAUCUGCGACGUCUGCGGGAAGAGAUUCUUCCACGCCGGCCACCUGACGCGCCACAAAGCGGCGCACCAGGAACUGCGGCCGCACCGCUGCGACGUCUGCGGGAAGGGCUUCACGCAGGCCGCCAACCUGCUGCGUCACCAGCUGGUGCACGGGGACGUCCGGCCGUACCGGUGCACGCUCUGCGGGAAGGGCUUCACGCAGGCCGCCAACCUGUGCACGCACCAGGCUUCGCACAACGGAGAGAGGCAGCUCUGCUCCAUCUGCGGGAAGAGCUUCCGCUUCCUGAAGAACCACGUCAUCUGCAAACACUCUCAGGAUCUCCCCGCCGGCGAGCUGCCGGACGGAGACGCCAUCAUAACCUGCGAGCUUUGCGGCAAGAAGUUCCCCCACCUGUCGCAGUUCAGAGUGCACCAGCGCAGCCACACGGGGGAGAAACCGUUCGGCUGCGCCGCGUGCGGGAAGACUUACGCCAUGAAGCAGCAGCUGAGGGACCACAUGUACACGCACAGCGGCGAGAAGCCGUUCCGCUGCUCGCUCUGCGGCAAAAGCUUCCACCUGCGCGCCAGCUUCAGCCGCCACCGCAGCAUCCACAGCGGAGAGACGCCGUUCGGCUGCUCGCUCUGCGGGAAGCACUUUCGCCUGCAGUCCUUCCUGAAGGCUCACCUGCAGACCAAAGCUCACCUGAAGCAGACGCAGAGCGCCACCGCUCACCUCUGACCUCUGACCUGGGACGAUAUGCCUUUCCGAAGCUUCAUUUGACAAUCGCUACUAACUGACAUCAGUUAUAUUACAUGUUUCAGUAACAUAUCAAGCUAACAAUGAGGAAACUUAAAAAGUUGAAAUGUAUUCAUUUUAAUUUAUUCAUCUCUGCUCAGCAUCUCAAAAUAAUCAGUUAUAAUCUUAAAAUAUUGACUUGCAUCAAAACUACACAGACAUUAAACACUAAAACAAUCACAACAAUUUAAAUGGAUUGACAAAACAGAACAACAAUGUUUCAUCUAAACAUCCACAUGUAUAAACCUCAGUAUGAAACCGGCAGCUUAACUUGAAAAUACGGAAGCAAGUAAACAUUCUUAUAAGAGACUUAAGUGGUCAAUUCUUCUCAAGUGCUUAUUUAUUUAUUUAUUAUUAUUUUUUUUAAACGCG